AUGGUGUGGAGGACCAUGAGCAAAUCUAGAAUAUUAGAGUGGCCGAUGGACCUUGCGACGAUCAAGGAAAAGGCGAGGAAGAUGGAGUACAAGAACAGAGAGGAGUUCAGACGCGACGUGUGGCAGAUCGCUUUCAAUGCCCACAAAUGCAAUGACGGGCGAAACCCUGGCAUCCCACCUCUAGCUGAUCAGCUUCUAGAACUCUGCGACUUCUUGUUAGGAGAGAGUGCGAGCGAGUUAGCUGGGGUGGGAAUGUAG